AUGGAUAGAUUUAUGCUAAAUAUUGAUAACGAGGAAAAUAUAAAUACUCAGGAUAUUCAGCCUCCUACAGCUACAAAAGAACUCAGGAACAGAGUUUGUUUGGAUAUCGCCAGAUUCAUCUAUGAAAAUGGGAUUCUAUUUAAUGUUGUUAGGAGUCGGUCAUGGAUCAAUAUGUUACGAUCUGUUGGAAGCUAUGGAAGAGGACUACAACUUCCACGCAUGUAUGAGCUGAGGACUUGGAUGCUGAAUGAGGAGGUUAAGACAACUUCAAAAAUGGUGGAUGAUGUUAAGAAGACUUGGAUUGAGACAGAAGUGAUAAUAAUGUCAGAUGGUUGGUCAGAUAUUCGACAUAGAAGUAUUAUUAAUUUCUUGGUCAACAAUCUAUAUGGAAUAGUUUUUCUCAAAUCAGUAGAUGCUUCAAGUUUUGUAAAUAAUGCACAAUUAUUGUUUGAAAUGUUGGAUGAAGUUGUGGAGGAAGUGGGACAUACCUUAAUAGUACAUGUUGUUACUGAUAAUGCAAAUGCAUACAAAACUGCAGAGAGAAUGUUAAUGGAGAAGAGACAUCACCUUUAUUGGACUCCUUGUGCUACACAUUGUAUUGACUUGAUGCUUGAGAGGUUGAGACAUUUGCCUCAACAUAAAUCAACCAUAUUAAAGGCCAAAUUCUUUAGUAAGUUUAUAUACAAUCAUUCUUGGGUACUCAGCUUGAUGAGAAAAUUCACUGACAAGGAAAUUAUUAGACCUGCUGUUACAAGAUUUGCUACUAUAUAUUUAACAUUGCAGAGAUUCAAGGAGCUAAGACAACCUUUGGAAGCAAUAUUUGCUUCUGAAUAG